UUUAGCAGUUUGGUGGAUAUCACCUUCAGUCGAGCAAGGCAACGAGCUUGUCCACCGUGCGACCGUCACGGUGUAUGUGGACAGAAAAUGUCUGGAAAGUGACACUAGAGGCCGGCAGGACUGUCCGGAUAGUAACGCUGGGUUCUGUGGGGGUAUUCAGACCAACCAACCGGAGUCUCCUGCGCAGUAGCCGCAGAACUAGGCCUCAUGGAGCUGGGGACUCAACGACUGCUCUGCACCAGGGACCUCGACCCAAGCCCGGUUCCCAGCAAGCAACCAUAAAGGUUGGGAACCUUAAUUACCCUUCAGUCCCUUUUUCCCGCCCCUCCCCCUAAAUUGCCCCUGUGGUGCUGUUGUCCUUUCCCACCUGUGGGCUUCAACAUGAUCGGCAAGCUGAAACAGAACCUGCUGGUGGCCUGCUUGGUCAUCAGCUCAGUCACCGUCUUCUACCUGGGCCGCCAUGCCAUGGAGUGCCACCAUCGCAUUGAGGAGCGCAGCCAGCCGGGCGGGAUCCUGCCACUGUCGGCGCUCGGGGGCAGCAUGAGGACAACCUUACGGACAGGCCAGAAUCUCAGCACGCCAUUUGUUUACAACAAAGACAUGCCACUCAUCUUCAUUGGAGGAGUGCCCCGCAGCGGGACCACGCUGAUGCGAGCCAUGCUCGAUGCCCACCCUGAGGUGCGCUGUGGAGAGGAAACCCGCGUCAUCCCGCGAAUCCUCGCCAUGAAGCAGAUGUGGAGCCGCUCAGGUAGGGAGAAAAUGCGCCUGGAUGAGGCUGGAGUGACAGAUGAGGUGCUGGACGCCGCCAUGCAGGCCUUCCUGCUGGAAAUAAUUGUCAAACAUGGAGAGCCUGCCAACUUCCUCUGCAACAAGGACCCUUUUGCACUGAAGUCGCUUUCCUACCUGGCCAAGAUCUUUCCCCGUGCCAAGUUUGUGCUCAUGAUUCGUGACGGUCGAGCCUCGGUCCACUCCAUGAUCUCACGGAAAGUGACCAUUGCGGGCUUUGACUUGGGCAGCUACCGGGACUGCCUGACCAAGUGGAACCGGGCCAUAGAGACUAUGUACACUCAGUGCCUGGAGGCAGCAGACAAAUGUCUGCCUGUGCACUAUGAACAAUUGGUCCUCCAUCCAGAGAAAUGGAUGAGAACACUGCUGAAAUUCCUGGACAUUCCUUGGAAUGAUGCCGUCCUCCACCACGAGGAGCUAAUUGGGAAAGCUGGAGGGGUUUCUCUUUCAAAGGUGGAGAGGUCCACAGACCAGGUCAUCAAGCCUGUUAAUGUAGAGGCCUUGUCUAAGUGGGUUGGCAAGAUCCCAGCUGACGUUGUGAGGGAUAUGGCCGUCAUCGCCCCCAUGCUGUCCAGACUGGGCUACGACCCUCAUGCCAACCCACCAAACUAUGGGCGACCAGACCCCAAAGUCCUGGACAACACCAGAAGGGUCUUUAAAGGUGAAUUUCAGCUACCAGAUUUCCUAAAAGAACAAUCACAGAUUCAGAAGUCUGCAGAGGGACCAAACCCCAGUUAGGAGCAGAGGUGCCAUCACUACAACACAAAGUGAAACAGAAAAUCAUGAACAUCAUCUCACCGUCUGCGUCAGGCAUCAGCACCUAUCAGAGGUCGACCACAGGGGGACGGUGACCUCAGCAUCAGCACCUCCACCUACAGGCUGCUCCCACUCCUCAUGAACAGAGGACUCUAGGCCUUGGAUGUUAGACUGUACAGAAAAAUGAUAGUAAAACUUCUCACACCCACAGAAUGUCUUCUGAUUGUUACUUUUGUGUCACAUCACGCUUGAUUUUUUUUUUUUUUUUUAGAAAUUAUUUCUUGCUUUUUAGAGAGAAAAAAGAAAACUCUGUGAUUCUGUUGUAAGAAACUGCAGUGAACCGAAACCGCAAGAAGUAUUUAUGAAUGGAAAAUUAGCUUUUGGAAGAUGCAAUACCUAUUUUAAUGUUACUUUUUUCAUGCCUUUGUAUUGUGCAAUGUCAUGGGUACUGAUCAGUUUGAGGUAUCAACCGUGAUAAACAAUGCUUUUUCUAAA